CAUCUUCCUAAGCAAUAAUCGAUGAGCCACAUUCCUCGUCUGACUGAAGGCCAACCUUUUCAAUGGCACUGAGGCGUGGCAGUGCACUAUUGACGAGUCAACACGGGCACCCCCGCGUCACCACCAGCCCGUCACAGCAAACCCGGAAGGGGACUUAGGUGGUCAGGAAGAGGAUAUGUAGGCCCACAUUUUCAGUACUUGCUGAUACUGUACACUGUAUAUGCAGACUUGUUGGUUUGUGAACGGGGAAUACCACUACCGGGUCACCGUGUAAAGAGCCUAAAGAUAUUCCACAGUGUCAUCCACCAGCUGCACGACGGACGGGCGAUUGACUGCUUGCCUCCAUGGAAUGCUGGACUUUUUCACGGGGCUAUUUUACACUGAUAUAACUAGGAUACAUAUAAGGAUCCAGCCGAAACUGAAAUGAUUGCAGCAUGAUAGAGACCUUCGUGUGGUUCAGCAUUGAGUAAUAACUCGAACAUCAAUAUCAGAUAACUCGUCGUUUCGCCCAGGCCAAAUUCUUGCAGUUGAAACUCUGUACUUUUACCCGAUAUCCCUUUGGAAGAAUCGAACACCACCCGGACCGUUAGCAAAACAAGACGAUCUGCAAACAGAUACAAAGAACAUGAGAAUACGGUGGCAGAUCGGGAGGUCCUCAGGCAUGACCAGGUUUGUGUUUUCCCUGGCCGCCAGCGCCGUUGUGUUUCUGCUGGUGGCGGUUCGUCACUUUGCGACUGGAUGCAAUAUUGACGAUUCUCCGGACAAGAUCAUUACUUUCAACGGUGAACCGGGAAGUUAUUUUGGUUAUACCGUGCAGCAACACAGGAAUAUCGCCGGGGCAUGGGUUCUGGUGGGAGCACCCCGCGGGCAAAGUAGUAGUCAAUCGUCGAUAGACAGACCAGGCGCCCUCUAUCGGUGUCAAGCCAACCGGCCUCACAACUGCUACGAGGUGACGCUAGAUCAGUCUGACGGAAACGAGGACUCCCCUCAAGAUAAAAUUGUUGAAGUCAAGGACAACCAAUGGCUCGGCGUGUCCCUUACAAGACAACCCACUGACGGUCGGGAUGCAUAUGUAACGGUCUGUGGUCAUUUGUCUGCCAACGACAACUACUUCGUGCGUCCCGAACCGACAGAAAGCGAGGAAGAGAGAAACGUGAGGGUGGACCGAUACGUCAACGGAAUCUGCUACACCAUUGACUCCGACUUCAAUGCUAAUUCUGUUGUCAAGAUGCGUCCUUGUCAUGAUGAGUUGCAAGUGAAUGGCACCUUUCGCUAUCACAGCCACUGCCAGGCAGGAAUUAGUGCUACCUACAACAUGGAUGGUAGUCGGCUCAUUCUGGGUGCUGUCGGAUCGUACGAGUGGAAUGGGACCACGAUUGAAGCGACACGACAGGCAAGCAACUUUCGGUACAACGUUGGUCAGCUAAGCGACUGGGGAGUGCCAAGUAAGGGGCGAACCGAAUACAGAGGUUAUUCUGUGUCGACUGGCAAAUUCCUAACUGUGGACACAGAGCAGGGCGUCACAGGGGCGCCCAGGUCACAACAGAUCGGGAAGGUUACUAUUUACGACUUGGAGACCUUCCAAGUGUACACUGAGCUCCUGGGUGAAAUGAUGAGCACGUACUACGGUUGCGCUGUGCAGGGUGUCGACCUCAACGGUGAUGGACUGUCUGAUCUUCUUGUGGGGGCGCCCUUGUACUCGGACGUGAUGGACGAGGGGAGAGUCUAUGUGUACAUCAAUAAAGGAGAGGCCAGGAUGGAGCAGCUGAGUUUCAAGCUGGAAGGAUCCAACGCCGUCGGUGGGCGGUUUGGUACAAGCAUCGCUUACAUCAAGGACGUUAACCUGGAUGGAUUUAAUGAUGUAGCGAUUGCAGCUCCUUACGAGGACGAGAACACUGGGGCAGUGUAUAUCUACAGAGGCGAUCGAACCGGUAUCCAGAGAAGAUACUCCCAGCGCCUUGCCGCCAGAGAUCUACUGCCCGGUGUCACGAGCUUUGGCAGUUCCAUUGCCGGAGGGAUGGACAUUGAUUUCAACUUCUACCCUGAUCUUGUGGUCGGCUCUUAUGCAAAUGAUGAAGUCUACAUGUUCAAAACCUUGCCUGUGGUCAAGCUGCGCGUGUGGAUCGAGGUGUCUCCCGAGACCCUCGACCCUGAGUUCAAUAACUGCGAGCUAGGGGGUCGCAAGAUCACGUGUUUGACUGUCAAGGCAUGCUUUGAUUACACCGACGUGCAUGGCUUGCCAGAUAAGAUCAAAUUCGACUACACCCUGGAGGUGGAUGUACUCAAGACAGACCUGUCGGCCACGCCGAGGUUCUUUUUCCAGGGGGAAGCAGGUCAACAGAUCAACUCGGUGGCGGCCACAAUUGAACUCACCAAAAGCCAACCCAGCUGCUAUCCGCGAUUUGUUUAUCUCAAGAGCGAGGCCCGGGAUUUCCUGACUCCUGUUCGUUUCCUGCUGACUUACGACAUUUGGGACUAUCCGGACGAGCCUCCAAGGCGUGGUGACGAGGUGUCCUCCCCCUUCCCAGGUGGUCUACCUCCAGUGAUAGACAACCCGUCCUGUUCUAAUGGAACUGCCGAGAAAACCGUGCUGUUUAUCCAAGACUGCGGUAACGAUUCUAUUUGCCAGACCGAUCUCAGAGUUAUUGCUGACCUCUUUCUGUCAAGUGGUAACCCCUACAUUACUCUAGGAGGCGAUGGGGUCGUUUACCUCAUGGUGCAGGUGCAAAACCUGGGAGAGGAAGCUCACCAGGCAGAACUGCUCAUCAGCCACUCACGAGAAAUUGUCUUUGAGUCGCUGGAGUCAAGAACAGUGGAAUGCAUAACGGAUCGAUUGGGGGCUCGUACCUGCUCUUCAGACAACGUUGUGACAUGUGAACCCAGGGAAGCCAUUAAUGAAACAGCCGAAGUGUUAUGUUCCCUUGGUAAUCCGAUGCGAUCCCGGACAGUAAAUAUCUUGCGUAUGCGGUUUGACGUUGGCGGCAUGUCCUAUGGUAGGCGAAUUGUUGACUUCACGGCUAAAGCGACAACCCUGAGUGUUGAACAGAACAACACCCUGACUGACAACACCGAUACGGUCAGCUUGCCUGUCAGAAUAGUGGCAGAUGUUGUCGCACGGGGUGCCGUGCAGCCUGAGCAGUUGUUUUACUUCCCAGACAACGAGACCAUAGACGGCAAAACACCAGACAAGGAGGCCCUCUUGCGAGCAGCUUUAGAAGCUGCGGGAAUCCUGGAGGGAGAGGUCACGUCUACCGACAAGGCGAUUGGACCCUCCUUCGCACAUGCGUAUGAGGCUCGUAAUCUUGGCCCAGGUCGCCUCCCCUUGGACUCCAUCAUUACGAUUCAGUUGCCAUGGAGAGCACCCAACGGUGAUUGGUUGAUUUUCAUCCAGAAUAUCCAACUGAACGGGGAAGGCUUAUGCAAUGGUGAAAGUAUUCUGGAAUUACAAAGGACUCAAAUGAGGGAACAUUACAUUGGUCAGACUGGCACCCUAUCCAACACACCCCACGAGAUACCUCCCAGCAGCGGAGACGGAUCAGACAACCGAGAAAUCGGUUGUGGUAAUACCUUAUGCGUCACUAUCACGUGUGGCAUCAAGGGACCAAUCAUCGCUGGUCAGGGAGCCGUUGUUGACAUGGAUGCUGUGCUUUGGCAACGCACGUUGAUCGAUAAUAAUCUGGGGAGCGUGAAUCUUGUCUCAACGGCAACGGUGUCGGUGCAGGAUACCAACCACUCACACACGCAACCAGACGGCGGAAUGCCGGAUACCACUGAGUUGAGGACGAUGGUGUUUAUUGAAGAGGUACCCAAGAAGCCGGUCGAACCUUGGAUUAUCGCUGUCAGCACUUUGGGAGGAAUACUUGGGCUUAUCUUCUUAAUCCUGGCUCUGUGGAAACUCGGAUUCUUCAAAAGGCGGGAAAAGGACAAACUGGAAAAAGCCAUGGAGAACGGCCUUUGAACUGCUCCACUUUGAAUCAAACGACUAUUGCCACAGCAGUGCCUGUUUACAUGCUUAUUGCUCCCAGCGUAGAUUUGUCUCACAAUGUGUUUGAGAAGUUUUCUAGCAGAUACAUUAAACUUACUAAUCUUUUAUAAGUACAAAGUAGCAGAAUUACAAACAAGUGUCAGUGAAAUCUGCUGCUUUGUGCAAAGCCAGAUUUGUUCAUUUUAAAAUUUCAAGGUAAGAUUUUGGCACGAGUAAUGUGCCGUAUGUGUGAAAAUUCAGCACGCGCAGACUGACUUGUGAUCAGUCCAGGACUUUUCUACACUAGUGAUACAACUUGCCUUAGUUAGAAUUCAAUUUUGUCUUGUCUCUACAUACCUGCAACGUCUUUUCCAUAAAAGUGCUCUUAUUAACAGAAGUGGAUUUAGAAUUGCCUUUUUGUAUUUUGUAUAUUUCUACAAUAUUCAUGUAAUUUUGUAUCAUACCCGUUAAUAACAAUCGCCAAGUUGAUGUUAUCGUGCAAAAAUAAGUGUAUCCAAAAAAAAAAAUCGGAAGAAAAACAGAAACUAUGCCUUAAACUGAAGCUGCAGAAGUUGGAUGAAUCGGUGCUUUGCCAAAUCCAUUGCCAACGAUGGACUUCUAUUUAGUAGUAUCUGCUCAAUGCAGAUGACUGCAGCAUUCUUUCUCAUAUUAAGGGAGGAUAAAGAUAAACUGAAUGAUAAACAAAAGCAAGUUAGAUAAUUACUUGAAAUUUGUAACUGUAUGCAAGUAAGCAAUUUAAAAGUGCAUGUGUAAUGUUCACAGCUUCCCUCUUUUAAAUACAUGUUGUUUUAAGUAUUUCGGAUAUAAUCGCAUCAACUCGUUGUAAAAUCUGUAAUAAGUACAUGUGAU